AAACACCCGCCUGGGAAAGGGUGAAUCGCUGGUGGCCGCACGGAAAAAGUGGUGCUUCUUUUAAUUUCCCUGUAUUGAGUGCCAAGCAACAGCUUCCCCCGCGAAGGACUCUCCUAUGGGCACCCGAUAUUUUGCAAACCCCUUCCCGGACUAUGGUGGCGGCCCCAUACAGCGAUGCGAUGAGCACAUCAAGGGUCUGAUACAGUCCUACGUCAAUUUGAUUGUAGAAAACACCAAACUCGACCGAAACACCGACCAGCGGGGUUUAUACGUGGGCGAUGCUGGUAUUGCGUACAUGUUUCUGAAGCUGCACGAUGCAGGCAUUUUCGGUCAGGAAGCACUGCAGUACGCGAAACAGUACAUCGUGAACGCGAAAGCCCUUGCGGGACGGUACGCGGGCCGACCGGAGGAACGCUGUUCGUUCCUGUGUGGCAAUGCCGGAGUGUACGCCGUGUCGGCGGCCAUCGCGCACAGGCACAGCGCGAAGCAGGAGAUGGACGAAGACUUACGUUGCUUCGCCACCGGGUUGGAGGUGUGCAAACGGUUGGAUUUCAACAAGAACGGCAGUGACGAGGUACUGUUUGGACGGGCCGGUUACCUGUCCGGCAUCUACUGGCUGCACCAGACAAUCGACCGGAAGCUGUUUUCCCACGAGAUGCUCACGCUUAUCUGUGCCACCAUACUCGAGAGUGGCAAACGCCAUCGCAGUCUUCUACCUCUCUACUAUCAGUGCUACGGCGAUGACUAUCUCGGGGCCGCCCACGGGACGUCCGCCAUCCUGCAUAUGCUGCUCGAAUCGCCACUGCAACAGAAUCUGAGCAGUGUGGAAAUGUCGCUCGUAAAGAACACGGUGGACGGGUUACUGGGGCUGCAGGACAGCGAGGGUAACUUUCCGACCACGCUGCAGGACUGUGUGCGACGGACACGCUCGGAACCGCUCGUUCACUGGUGCCACGGCGCGGCCGGAGUCGUGUAUCUGAUGGCGAAAGCAUAUCUCGUGUUUCAGGAGCAGCGCUACCUGCAAUCGUGCAUCCGCAGUGCGGAUCUCGUGUGGCGCAAGGGGCUGCUGCGGAAAGGGCCCGGCAUUUGCCACGGUGUUGCCGGCAGUGGGUACGUGUUUCUGCUGCUCUACAGGCUCACCUCCGACCCGAAGUAUCUACACCGGGCGCUGAAGUUUAUGGAGUUUCUCACGCACGAAGAGUUCAUUCGGAAUGCCCGCAAUCCGGACUGUCCGUUUAGCCUGUACGAGGGUUACGCCGGCACAGUGUGCUUUCUGGUCGAUCUGUUGCGCCCCGAAAAGGCCGCAUUUCCGUUUAUGGACGUGUUUGAGAAAAAAUUCUAAAUCGACGAUCGAUAACCGAUCGUGGACCGACCGGAAACCCGACCCGGACCGAUGCGUAGACAGUUUAGAUUACAUUAAUGGCACAAAGCAACACAACACAACACUUUACAAUCGCAUGGCCGAGGCCGGCACAAGGGCUUCGGUACCAUCUCAUCUUCUUAUGCAUUGACCUUUCUUACUCUCCGCAAUAAGUGUUGUCCUUUCGAACCGAAAAGAAAAAACCAACCCAUAAGAAAACAGAAACACUCUCGAAGUGGCCACCGUGUGGUCUCGCUAUCGCUUCUCGUACGGAUCCUGCAAAACUGCCACACAAAUGUAAAUCGCAAGGGCGUAGAGACCGUACUCGGAACGGCGUAUUUAGCGUAGUGUUGUAGCAUGUAACAGAUACGAUGGCGCAGAGCCAGGAGUCUCUGGCCCGCCCUACCCGUGCACCAUAGAUAUGCGGCAGUUGUGAUUCGUAACUUAGUUUUCUUCCUAGUGUAUAAAAUGUCGCACUACGGAAGCACGUGGUGUCGUUCGAAACGUUUAGGCAAAAGCAAGAAGGAAAAUAAAUACCAAACAAGUGCAAACCCGUUUGCAAGCCCAAUGCACCACGGUGAAGUAGUCACCGAUCGAACCGAUGGUUGCGAUAGUAUCCCCUCGCCCCCCCUCCCAACAACGAUUAAAGAAUGAUCAGCUCCAGGUUAUCGACUAUCAAUUCUGACUCCGUUCUAGCAAAACAAAACAACAAAAAUUCUUAUCGUGGCUGUUUGACCUGUUGGCUAUAUAGGACUAAGUGAUUACGGUA